UUAAAGCCUCCUGCCCCCCCAAGAGCAUUUCCCAGACACCCGCCGGCUUCCCCUCGGCUCCCCGGGACCUCCCGCGGCACAGAUAACCAGGCAUGUCGGACACUGAAGAGGUCACUGAAGAAUGUGAGCAGGAGCAGGAAGAGGAGUACGUAGAAGAAGAAGAGGAAGAAUGGAUAGAGGAAGAAGACGGUCAGGAAGAACAGGGAGAGGAGGUGGAGGAGGUGACCAGUGAAACCAAGGCAGAAGAGCAAGAGGAUGAAACAAAGGCAUCAGGAGAAGGUGGAGAGGGGGACAGAGAGCAGGAGCCUGGGGAAGGUGAAUCCAAGCCAAAACCCAAGGUCUUCAUGCCAAACCUGGUGCCUCCCAAAAUCCCAGAUGGCGAGAGGCUGGAUUUUGACGACAUUCACCGCAAGCGCAUGGAGAAGGACCUGAACGAACUGCAGGCCCUCAUUGAAGCCCACUUUGAGAGCAGGAAGAAGGAGGAAGAGGAGCUCCUGUCCCUCAAGGACAGGAUUGAAAAGCGGCGAGCGGAGAGGGCGGAGCAGCAGCGGAUCCGCAGCGAGAGGGAGAAGGAGCGCCAGGCCCGGAUGGCCGAAGAAAGAGCCCGCAAAGAGGAAGAGGAGGCUCGGAAGAGGGCUGAGGAGGAGGACAGGAAGAAGAAAGCUCUCUCCAACAUGCUGCAUUUUGGAGGCUACAUGCAGAAGUCAGAGAAAAAGGGUGGGAAGAAGCAAACAGAGCGGGAAAAGAAGAAGAAGAUUCUCAGUGAACGGCGGAAGCCCCUGAACAUCGACCACCUCAGUGAAGACAAGCUGAGGGAGAAGGCCAAGGAGCUGUGGCAAAACAUCCGUGACCUGGAGGCUGAGAAAUUUGACCUGCAGGAAAAAUUCAAGCGGCAGAAAUAUGAGAUCAACGUACUCCGAAACCGUGUCAGUGACCACCAGAAAGUCAAAGGGUCAAAGGGUGCCCGUGGGAAGACCAUGGUGGGCGGCAGGUGGAAAUAGCUGAAUCAGGAGGCACAAGAGGCUGAGCCACAG